AUGCCCAACCUGUGUGUCUCUGCAACCUUCAAUCCGCCCGUGAUCUCCCUCCUCGGUGCGACGCUGCGAGAGGAGACGGUGAAGAAGAUGGAACAGCGCAUCCCCACCGUCAUGUCCACUUCCGCGAGCCCCUCGAAGGAGCCAAUCAAGUUUCUCUUCCACGCGAACCCUGACCACUGGCGCAUGGAGCUCAGCCAGCACUUCUGCGAUGAUUUGCACAAGUCAGCUGUUUUCCUCGUGAUCAUUGAAUCUCUGGAGGCGGAAGGCUGGGGCCUGCGGACCUCGAACUCCAUUCGCAACAGUGACUCCGGCAAGGAAACGACGAAGCUGUUCUUUGCACGGAAGCCGUAA